AUGAAGCUUCUUGAAAUAGUUUUAAUCUUGGCUGUGAUUAUUCCAGCAAUCGUUAAUGCAGGACGUUUAUCGGAUUUGUUUAUGGAUGGUGAAAAUGAAGAACUUUUAUUAGCACUUCGUAAAGCAUAUCAAUUAAAUUCUCAAUGUAAUUCAUAUUUGUAUAACUAUGAUCCAAAUGGAAUUCAAACUUAUAAUGAUACAAGUUAUCAAUGUAAAUCAGAUACAUUAAAGCAAGGUUAUUGUAUUCUUCCAUUGAGCAAAGCCAUUGACAAAUGUAACAGUGAUUCAACAUGUGGUGGUUAUGCAUUCACAGAUAUGACAUGGUGGCACGAUGAUUAUGAUAAAACAAAUGAACCUGCUGCACAAUUAUUUGUUACAUCAAACAAACCCAAUCCUCGAGCAAGCGACUUCGGUCGAUGGGCUAUUUAUAACAAGAAGUGUUGGAAAUUUGCUACUAAAAGACAAAUGAUCCGUUGA